AUGUGUGGGAAGAUAUUACUGACCUGGCACAGAAAGACGUCCUAUCGGGAUUUGUCACCAGCGACACGACUGGCCAAAUGGCAUUGCCGAGAGGGAACUGGGGCGACAUUUCACUUCAGAGGAGUUUCUUUACGAGCUGCUUCGACAGGGGAAGUUACCCCUGGGAUAUCUCGAAGAACACAUACGUGGUUAUAUCGCAUGCAAAAAGGACCCCACAAUAGAGGGAUGUAAAGAGUUUUGAGCUGUAAAUUUAAUAGCUUUUGACAGUCGAAAAAGUUAAUUGUGCGAAAGAAAUAUGGAUUCCUUGCUGGACGGUGCGAUUAUGAAAUACAGAGUCGCUAAAAAUCUCCACAAAGGUGGGUGCAAGAUUAGCAAUCGCUUGCAAAGUCUUUGACGCUACACGAAGUUUCUCGGUGCCUAAUUAUCUUUAUCACCGCACACAGCACCACCCGUAACAUAGCCCCCAAAAUACUUUAUUGGCUCUUCCAUACUUAGUAAACUAUAAGAAACAAUUUGAUCGUGUCUCCAAAAUCUCUGGCUCGAAUUGUGCACAACAGAUUUCAAAAUGUUUCCGCAAUUUUAAUGACAUGAUACGCCGUGUGUUCCUUUCUCCUUCUUUAACCCUUUUAUUCCUGAAACUGACCAGCAUCUAAUUUCUCCUGAGAAUCACAGCUGAAUCAAACAUUAAGGACAUGAGAAUAAAGAAAAUGAUUACAGGUCUAGAUUGUUUCGCAAAUUCUCCUUGUCAGUGUCAUAGUAAAUGUUUAGAGAAAAGUAUGGAGAAUAUGCACACUGAUGCUAGGAUGUCAAGGGUUAAUCUUAAGAGUUCAUCUGUUUCAACUUCUUUCCGUCUGCAACAUUGUGCACCUUUAAAACACCAUUUGUAAAAUUCAUUGCAAUAAUUUCACCUGUUUCCAACUAUCAGUAAUGUAUAUUAAAGUUCACAAGGCAACCAGGUGGACAAUCAGAAAAGGUUUGAUGUUAAUCAGGUUUAAAGAUUUGAUGAAUGUCACCGAGAAGAUACAAUUCGUAGACCCAAAGUGUCGACAUUCCUGUCUAGUGCUUUCAUCAGUAACGUAUUUCGCAGGCUUAACGCUCUUUUUUUAAACUUAAUAUUAAUUUAGUAAGCACCAAAUGAAAAAUUGGCAAAACAAUUUUUAACGUGUUACAGCCUCAAAAAGGACUGUAACUAUUUUGGUCAAUCCACUAUCUGUCGUUUUAGAGCUUGAUAGGGGUUUUCGUACAUAGGUUUCAUAAUUUUUGACAGGAUAUCAUAUUUUCAAAGAAAGCCAUUAAUUACUAAAAUAGCAUUUCAUGUCGGUGCUUUUGACUUUAUGAUGAUUGAGUAAUAAUGCUUCUACUAGAUCUUUGUAAAGAAAUACAAACCAAUAGAGAAUAAGGAGGCUCUCUUUACAACCCUCUUGUUGGAAUUACUUUCCACUUCCCUGCAGUCAAAUUUGCUGCGCAUAAUGGUGAAAAUAAUUUACUCAGUUGAAAAAGAAGAACAUUGUCAUUGCCAAGCUCUGUUCUGUUGGGAUCAACAUAAGCUAAGGAGCAACAUUCAGCAUCCUUCAAACUGGGCACUUCAUGAAUAUUAAACAGAAUAUGGAUUAGUAACAGAAUCAAGGUUGUAAGUGCAAGCUGUGCAACCGGUUUUUUUUCUUUCUCUGGGAAAUGUUAUUUUUCGCAAAGGAAGAAGUGGCUGGAACUUUCAAGUCAAAGCAGUGAUAGCUUGAGCCCAUAAUGUCUUUUUCAACAAUUAUACAUCAACCCUAUAAUGAUGAUAAUAAUAUGUUGUUAAUUAUGAUGAUAAUGAUGGGUAAGGGUUAAUAAUCUUAAUAAUGAUGAUAAUGAUGAUGCGAUACCAAGGAUGCAAUGGGAACACUCAGCUACUGGCACAGUAAUUUUUGAUGGCCGUAUGCAGAUGUCUGGCCCAGACCUCAACCUGCUCCCCCCACUCCAUUGCAAUGAUGAUGAUGACGACGACGAUGAUGACAAUGAACGUGAAAGGUAUAAUAUUUGACAUAAUGUAGAAUGCAUGACACCCAAAGGACCAGCUCUGAAGUAAGAUAGUAAGACAGCAUAGAAAUAAUUACUUGUAUGGUUUCCAAAAUCCAUUCCUGAUUAAGUUUUAUCGGCCAGGAAUUAUGCCUGUCUAUUUGAUUCAAACCCUCAACAACAGAGCUUUAAAAGCUUUAUUAUAAAACUAUAACUAUCAUAAGAACAUAAUUUCUUUGCAAUCCCUGGAAUUUGAUUCCAUUUUCCAAAUGUGAAAUACAUUUUACAUCAUUACAAUGGUUAAAGAAAAAAUAAAUAGACCUUACACUUGCAAAAAAUUAAAAAACCCAUGUUCAACUAAAUGAUCUUGUUCAACAUCAAAUAAACCAAUAUCCUAUAAAUUCUUAAAAUAUAUCAUAGGUUAUUUACCAAUAGUAUAGCCUAAGUCAAACAGCUCCUGAAUGAUCUCCAUUCCUACGAGAAGAUGCAAACCCUCUGGCACAGCUCCAACCAAUGCAAGCCCUUCAAAAUGGUGUUGUCGAAUUUUGAGCACAACUUUUACUUCUGAAAACUCUCCAUUAACUCCUGCUAAAUGAACAGGAACAGUAUCCUCCCAGUCAACUUCCAGAUCCAACUUCUGCAGAAGCUCUUUGGAUAUGCAGGCAGCUGCAUUAUUGCCAGUGUCAAAACAGACACUUUGACGUCCUUGAACACGAAUCAACGAGCCAGAUGCAUUCUUUAUGUCUACUGGUUCUUCAUCCCUUGAUAUGAUGAAGGGUUUAUAUCCUGAAAAGUAGUUCAAGAAUACAAUAAAUUGCCAAAUUAAUGUUCUUUUUUUCAAUGGAAAUAAAACAUUAAUGCUAACUUGGCACACAUGACUUAAGUGAGUAAGCAAGUAAUCAUUACAUUUAGUCAAAUACACUAAGCUCAUUAUGGUAUUGUCAGUAAAUGCUUUUUUAGUCAUUCCCUCUAUUCAGUCAAACUAGUUAUUGAAUAAUUUAUUUUAAUAUUUGUUUUAUUCCCUCCUGCCUUAAUUAGCUUUGCUAUUUUGCGGGUUGGGAUUGUUAGAUAUGUAUUUUAAUUGCUAAAAUAAAUAACUUUUAUUUGUUGCUUUUGUUUGUUUUUUCUCCUUUCAAUACCACCCCUGAAUCAAACAUUAAGGUCAUGAAAAUAAAGGAAAUGAUAAUCAACUGAAGAAGCUCUUGAUUGUUAAAGAAAUUCUCCUUGCUAGCACAUUAGGAAAUGUAUAGAGAACAGUAUGGAGAAUAUGCAUAUUGAUAUUAGGGUGUAUUUAGGCUUAAAGCCAUAUAAUAUAUGUACAUAUAUAAUGCUGGUCACUCACUAGAAAUCAAUCCCUCACAGGUAAACUCACAAGCUUCAAUUUUUACAACUGCCACACCAGGUACACCAUGAUCAUCACCAUCAGCAACCUUCCUUGGCCUCUCAAGUGGCAUAUGAACUGGUGCUGUGGACAAGACAAGGUUCUCUCGACAGUUCAGUGGCAUAUCCACCACUUCUUUACCCAUUGUUUUCAGAAUGACUCUUUCAUCCUUAAUUGUAAAAGCCCUUAUUCCAAUGAAGUAGAUUCUGGUACAUGCCAUGUGAAGUUUGGUAUAGAGUUUUCCUAAAUAGCCUUGAAAUCUAUUAGCCUUUCAAUGAAAAGAGGAAAAAAAGAAAAAACAUAGUGAAUGAGGCUUGUUAUAGCAUGCUCAAUCCUAACUAAUAGCAAGGUCAGAAACCAGUGAGUUAGAGUGGUUUCUAACAGUCAGUGUCACAACAGAAGUCCACAAUCAUAUUAAUUAACUUAUAAAUAAAUUAAUAAACACCCAUUUCAAUGAACAUUAAAAGUAUCAAUUGGUAUGGUCUCAGUACAUGUUUGUUUGUUUUUUUUUCAAUAAAACAGCAAUACAAGUUAUACAUAUUGUCACAUUUUGUUACCAAUGGUGGGUGGUCUGAGGGUCGUCAUAUUAGACUAGAAGACAAAAAAGCCCAGUUAUUACAAUCCUGGUUUUGGUGAUUGUGUUAUAUUGUUGGAUACUAACUUACAGAUAGAUUACUCUCACAUCAGUCUAGAUUUCUUUACAUCAGACCAACAAGCUGUCUGUGAAACAGAGGAGAUGCUGGGCAAAGGUAAUCUGCGGUGAACUGACGUACAUCCUUACAAGAAUUAAGAUGUAGCAAUACUGCUGAUAAUUUUAUGCUGCAGAAACAGGGGUUGUUUCACUUGCAAAUUUUUCUUGAAUGUUACAGCAUUCAGUUAGUUACCUUUAGGUUGACAUAUCCACAUGCCUGUUCAAGUCUUCUUAAAACAUUUUUAUCUUGAAGGUCUUUCAGCAAUUCAUUUACGCCCUUUCAAGGAAACAAAAGUCAAU